AUGGCUGCGGCGCCACCACCCAAGCCGGCCGACGAGCCCAAGCUGCUCUGGAACCCCGAGAACGUGAAGGACGUCGCCGAGUCUGUGGGCAUCAGCUCGCUCAACGAGGAGGCCCUCAAGUGCCUCUCCCAGGAUGUCGAGUACCGGCUCGGCCAGGUCAUCAUCGAGAGCCUGCGCUUCAUGCGAGCCGCCGGCCGCACCACCCUCACCGUCCAGGACGUGUCGCAGGCAAUGAAGGUGCUCGACGUCGAGCCCCUCUAUGGCUACGAGUCUACGCGGCCCCUCAGGUAUGGGGAGGCAAGCCUGGGACCCGGCCAGCCGCUUUUCUACAUCGAGGAUGAGGAGGUCGACUUUGAGAAGCUCAUCAAUGCGCCUCUGCCCAAAGUGCCCAGAGACGCGACCUUCACAGCGCACUGGCUCGCCAUAGAAGGCGUCCAGCCGACCAUCCCCCAGAACCCAACCACCGCCGAAGCCCGUUCGCAAGAACUCGUCCCCAAGGGCCCCGGCGCCAACCCCGCACUCGCCGCACUCGCCGGAAACGAUAAUGUGUCGUUCAAACCGCACGUCAGACAUGUCAUAUCCAAGGAGCUCGUCAUGUAUUUCGAGAAGAUUCAGUCGGCGGUACUCGACGACAACCCCGACGACGAGGUCCGCCAGCUGCGCAACGCAGCCCUGCAGUCGGUUAGGUCUGACCCGGGCCUGCACCAGCUGGUCCCCUACUUCGUCAACUUUAUCGCGAACCAGGUCACCCACCGGCUGGAUGACACCUUCACGCUUCGACAGAUGAUGGAACUCACGGCCGCCCUGAUCGCAAACGACAACCUCUAUCUCGACCCAUAUGCGUCCCCUCUGAGCGCCCCCGUCCUGACGUGUCUGAUGAGUAGGAAGCUCGGCGCGGAGGAGGGGAUGGACGCCGUCAGGGAACAAUACGAGCUGCGGGAGCUGUCGGCAUCGAUACUGGGGAGCAUUGCCAAGAGCUACGGCAAGUCCAACACGAGGCUGCGGCCCAAGCUCACGAGGACGUGCCUCAAGUACCUGCUGGACCCCCAGAAGCCCGCCGCCGUCCUCUACGGGGCCGUCUGCGGGCUGUCAGCAGCCGGCGGGCCCGAGUCCGUGCGCGUCCUGCUGCUGCCCAACCUCAAGUCGUUCGACGAUAUGAUCCUGCGGCCGAUGCGGGAGCGGGAGCGGGUGCCCGAGUUUGAGGUCAAGCUGCUGCUGGGCGCCAUCGUCAACGCCAUCAAGACCAUCGAUAAGACCGAGAUCGGCAUGAUGAACGGGGUCCACAGCAGCACGGCCGAACACACGGCGGCAGAGCUGACCGAUUUCCUGGGCGAGACGAUCGGGCGCGAGGUUGCGAACCUGGGCAAUGCCAGGCUGAACAGACAGGUCCUGGACGCGAAGGCUUACCGGGACGAGUAG